GGACCCAAAGCGGCCAGCGGGCGAAGGGAGGAGCGCCGGGAGGAAGAGGCCGAGCCGCGGAGCACCGCCCCGGAGGAAGGGGAGGAGGCCGGGUGUUUCCUGGUGCAUUCCCGACCCGCCCCAGUGACUCAUUGGGGGUAGGAGAGCUCCCCGGGCCCGCCCUGGACGAGCGAAGGCGGCGCAGACCAGUAUGGCUGCCCAAGUGACACUAGAAGAUGCGCUGUCCAACGUGGACCUCCUGGAGGAGCUGCCUCUGCCUGACCAGCAGCCCUGCAUUGAGCCUCCACCUUCCUCCCUGCUCUAUCAGCCCAACUUCAACACCAACUUUGAAGACAGAAAUGCAUUUGUCACAGGCAUUGCAAGAUACAUUGAACAAGCGACUGUCCACUCUAGCAUGAACGAGAUGCUGGAGGAAGGCCAGGAGUAUGCUGUCAUGCUUUACACCUGGAGGAGCUGCUCUCGAGCCAUCCCUCAGGUGAAGUGCAACGAACAGCCUAAUAGAGUUGAGAUUUAUGAGAAGACCGUGGAAGUCCUUGAACCAGAGGUCACAAAACUGAUGAAUUUUAUGUACUUCCAGAGAAAUGCCAUCGAGCGUUUCUGUGGGGAAGUGAGACGCCUGUGUCACGCGGAGAGGAGGAAGGACUUUGUGUCUGAAGCCUACUUGAUCACUUUGGGCAAAUUCAUCAACAUGUUUGCCGUGCUCGACGAGCUGAAGAACAUGAAGUGUAGCGUGAAGAAUGACCACUCAGCGUAUAAGAGGGCUGCUCAGUUUUUACGUAAAAUGGCAGAUCCACAGUCCAUCCAGGAGUCUCAGAACUUGUCCAUGUUCCUGGCCAACCACAACAAGAUCACACAAUCUCUGCAGCAGCAGCUUGAGGUCAUUUCUGGCUAUGAAGAGCUCCUGGCGGACAUCGUGAAUCUCUGUGUGGAUUACUACGAGAACAGAAUGUACUUGACGCCCAGUGAAAAGCACAUGCUCCUCAAAGUCAUGGGAUUUGGCCUGUACCUGAUGGAUGGGAGUGUCAGUAACAUCUACAAACUAGAUGCCAAAAAAAGAAUCAACUUAUCCAAAAUAGACAAAUACUUCAAGCAGCUGCAGGUGGUUCCCCUGUUUGGAGAUAUGCAGAUAGAACUGGCGAGAUACAUCAAGACCAGUGCUCACUAUGAGGAGAACAAGUCCCGGUGGACCUGCACGUCCUCAAGCAGCAGCCCACAGUACAACAUCUGUGAGCAGAUGAUCCAGAUCCGGGAGGACCACAUGCGCUUCAUCUCUGAGCUGGCACGCUACAGCAACAGUGAGGUGGUCACUGGGUCUGGCCGGCAGGAGGCCCAAAAGACUGAUGCUGAGUACCGAAAGCUCUUCGACCUGGCUCUGCAGGGCCUGCAACUUCUGUCGCAGUGGAGCGCACACGUGAUGGAAGUGUACUCCUGGAAGCUGGUCCACCCCACCGACAAGUACUCAAACAAGGACUGCCCGGACAAUGCUGAGGAGUAUGAGCGCGCCACGCGCUAUAACUACACCACCGAGGAGAAGUUUGCCCUGGUGGAGGUGAUCGCCAUGAUCAAAGGCCUGCAGGUACUGAUGGGCAGGAUGGAGAGCGUGUUCAAUCACGCCAUCAGGCACACUGUCUACGCUGCCCUGCAAGACUUUUCCCAGGUGACCCUCAGAGAGCCGCUGAGACAGGCCAUCAAGAAGAAGAAGAACGUCAUCCAGAGUGUUCUGCAGGCCAUCAGGAAGACUGUGUGUGACUGGGAGACUGGGCACGAACCCUUCAACGACCCAGCUCUGCGGGGCGAGAAGGACCCUAAGAGUGGCUUUGACAUCAAGGUGCCACGGCGUGCUGUAGGACCCUCCAGCACACAGCUUUACAUGGUGAGAACCAUGCUAGAGUCCCUCAUUGCAGACAAAAGUGGUGCCAAGAAAACCUUGAGAAGUAGCCUUGAGGGGCCCACCAUAUUGGACAUAGAAAAGUUCCAUCGAGAGUCCUUCUUCUACACACACUUGAUAAAUUUCAGUGAAACACUGCAGCAGUGCUGUGACCUUUCCCAGCUGUGGUUCCGAGAGUUCUUCCUGGAGCUGACCAUGGGCAGGAGGAUCCAGUUCCCUAUUGAGAUGUCUAUGCCCUGGAUUCUUACUGACCACAUCCUCGAGACCAAGGAGGCAUCCAUGAUGGAGUAUGUCCUCUACUCCCUGGAUCUGUACAAUGACAGCGCCCACUACGCGCUCACCAGGUUCAACAAGCAGUUUCUCUAUGACGAAAUCGAGGCGGAGGUGAAUCUAUGUUUUGACCAAUUUGUUUACAAACUGGCAGACCAGAUAUUUGCAUAUUACAAGGUUAUGGCAGGAAGUUUGCUUCUCGACAAACGGUUACGAUCAGAAUGCAAAAACCAGGGCGCCACGAUCCACCUGCCGCCGUCCAACCGCUACGAGACGCUGUUGAAGCAGAGACACGUGCAGCUGCUCGGAAGAUCCAUUGAUCUCAAUCGUCUGAUUACGCAGCGUGUCUCAGCAGCCAUGUAUAAAUCUCUAGAACUGGCAAUCGGGCGGUUUGAAAGUGAAGAUUUGACAUCAGUGGUUGAGCUGGAUGGCCUCUUAGAAAUCAAUCGCAUGACACACAAGCUGAUGAGCAAGUACCUCACACUGGACAGCUUUGACGCCAUGUUCCGGGAAGCCAACCACAAUGUGUCUGCGCCUUAUGGAAGGAUUACCCUCCAUGUCUUCUGGGAGCUGAACUAUGACUUCUUGCCCAACUACUGCUAUAAUGGCUCCACCAACCGAUUUGUUCGGACAGUAUUGCCAUUUUCUCAGGAAUUUCAACGAGACAAGCAGCCCAAUGCACAACCCCAGUAUCUGCAUGGAUCCAAGGCUCUGAACCUAGCCUACUCCAGCAUUUACGGCAGCUACCGGAACUUUGUGGGGCCUCCUCACUUCCAGGUCAUCUGCCGGCUGCUCGGCUACCAGGGCAUCGCGGUGGUCAUGGAAGAGCUGCUGAAGGUCGUCAAGAGCCUGCUGCAAGGCACGAUCCUGCAGUACGUGAAAACCCUGAUGGAGGUGAUGCCCAAGAUCUGCCGCCUUCCCCGCCAUGAGUACGGCUCUCCUGGCAUCCUGGAGUUCUUCCACCACCAGCUGAAGGACAUUGUGGAGUAUGCAGAGCUGAAGACAGUGUGCUUCCAGAACCUGCGGGAGGUGGGCAACGCUGUCCUCUUCUGCCUGCUCAUCGAGCAAAGCCUGUCUUUAGAAGAAGUGUGUGACCUGUUGCAUGCAGCCCCCUUCCAGAAUAUCUUGCCUCGAGUACACGUGAAAGAGGGGGAGAGAGUUGAUGCCAAAAUGAAAAGACUAGAAUCCAAGUAUGCGCCCCUGCAUCUUGUCCCACUGAUUGAAAGGCUGGGAACCCCACAGCAAAUUGCAAUCGCAAGAGAAGGGGACUUACUGACCAAGGAACGACUUUGCUGUGGUCUAUCCAUGUUUGAAGUCAUCCUGACACGGAUCCGGACCUUUCUGGAUGAUCCCAUCUGGCGUGGGCCUCUGCCUAGCAAUGGGGUCAUGCAUGUGGAUGAGUGUGUGGAGUUUCACAGGCUGUGGAGCGCCAUGCAGUUUGUGUACUGCAUUCCCGUGGGGACACACGAGUUCACAGUGGAGCAGUGUUUUGGAGACGGGCUCCACUGGGCCGGCUGCAUGAUCAUUGUACUGCUCGGGCAGCAGCGCCGCUUUGCAGUGCUGGAUUUCUGCUACCAUCUUCUCAAAGUCCAGAAACAUGACGGCAAAGAUGAGAUUAUCAAAAAUGUGCCACUGAAGAAGAUGGUGGAGAGGAUCAGGAAGUUCCAGAUUCUCAACGAUGAGAUCAUCACUAUCCUGGACAAGUACUUGAAGUCUGGUGAUGGGGAGAGCACGCCUGUGGAACACGUCCGCUGCUUCCAGCCGCCCAUCCACCAGUCCCUAGCCAGCAGCUAAGGGCUAAGUUCACGGCAUCCUGUAACUGACGGCAUGUUUGUCUUUAUGUUAAUUAUAUUGACAUUUUUAGGGACUAUUUUGAACGUACUUACGGGGGUGCUUUUUGAUCUGAAAGCUUAACUUUAUAAAACUUAUUUUUCUAAACUAAAACUUGUAUAUGCCUUUGGGAUUGGGAAGUAUGAGAGUAUUGGUUGUCAGCUGUUGCCAUUACUAUGAUGGUCUUAACAGGUAUUUUUAUGUUUAAUGUUCCAGUAGCUAGUUAUAAAAUAUUGAAUUAGCCUGUAAGAAGCAUAACGCCAACUAACUGUAUUUUAAAACUUCCCUACCAAUUUUUAUUAUACUUAAUGAGUAGCUGCUUUGUUUAGGGAUUUUUCUGAUGGUCUUUUAGGAAAUCUUUUCUAAGUCAUUGCUCCCUUUUAUGCCAAAAGAGUGAAAUUGUUUCCUCUGCUCCCACCAAAUCCAGUAAUGUCAGUCUGACUUAUACGAUAUGACUUACAGAUUAGAGAAAUAAAAGUCAGUGUAAUCUGUUUGUGUUCGUUCACUGGGGUGGCAGGACACUUCACAGUGUGGGUUCAGAUCAGUGUCUGCAGAACGAGGUCAUGACGUCGUUCAGAAACAACCAGCACAGUUACCUUUACACCAGGUUUAGGCAGGGAUGAAAUGACCAUCAGUGAGAGGGAAGGCAGCAGCUGCGUUGUCCACACAGGACAGAGAGGAACACCAGGACUAAGGUAUGGCUCCCAUUUUCAAGGCCAACAGUUUGGGGGGUGGGGUUGACACGGGACAGUGGACACUGCAAGAAAGGGACUGGGAAGAAUUUGAGCCCGUCCCUAACAACCCUAAACAUUGCUUCUCAAUUGCGGGGGGACUAUCUCAGUCAGCUUGAGUCGGUCCAUGGGACCUGCCAAGUGAAAACC